UUAUCUGGACAUUUCGCCGACUGGUCUAAACUAAGCUUUACGCUUUCCCAUUCGACACUUAAGCCUUAAAAUAUUUUUAAAAUGUAAUUAAUUUAAUACAACAAAGACGAGGUCGUUUUAAUAUCAUCCAAAAUGGAAAACAAUGCGAGUGAUAAUUCAUCACCGGAAGCGGAUGAUAAAUCGCCAUCGGACGAAACCGAUGCGGAAGUAAUAUGGGAAGUCAUCGACAAAGAAGACGAUGUGGACUUACGGAAUAUAUCGUCUGUGGUUUUCACAGUCAUAUUACUAGUAAUUGGUAUACCUCUUUGGUGGCGGAUGACGGAGGUCCAGCGGCACUCACUUCCGUAUGCGAAAAUUUCCGAGCUUGGUACGAGAAAUGUCGUUAUUGCCACUGAUGUUUUUGUUUUUACUCAAAAUCCUAUAGACACAGACCGCAUUAUUAAUGAAAUAAAACUGGAAUUCAAUUCAAGUAUGUUUGAGAUCAAUGCUCAACGUUCGACUCUGGUAAAAAAAAGCGACAGUUUAAAUCAACUAGAAGCUAUAACAACUCCCUUGGGUUCACUGCAUUUAAUUGAAACAAACAUUGUGGACGGUAUUUUAGUCGGUCUUGGUCGUAAUGUGUAUUUCCCUCCUGACACAAGUAUUUGGUUAUUGAUGGAUACGUUAAAAAGACUGUUACAAACUGAUGCGUUAUCGGACUCUAUGAUAUCGAUGUUAAAUCCGGGCAAGCACUCUGAAGACGAACAAGUAGUAGCUGAUCGUCAACGUCGAGUGCGUCCAUCGUCAGAUUACAAUAUCUUACUUACAGUUGUAAACCCGGAACCUGAUAAUCUUAAAGUUUCUUGGACCCCAGAAAUUCCUUUAAAUAGAUAUCUAAUGCCUUUAUUGAAGCAGUUGAGAUUAAUUGCUAAUUUUUCUGUACAAUCUCAGUGGUUAUAUUUAAUCGAUUUAGUACAAAAGCCAAUCAAUCUGAAUGGUACAUUUGUGUUAGAUAAAAAUCAAGCUCAAUACAUUAUAACUCCACUGGAAAAAAAACUAGGUUCCGGAGUGUCAAAAAAUCCAUGUAUUCAUUUUGUCGUUUACGUUGUGCCUUGUACAUAUACACCUCUAUACUUUCACGAGAAUAAUAGACUUACUUCGUCAAUGAUGUCGGCUCGCUGGGGAGGAGUCCAGUUUGUAAAUGCCAAUCCUGAGGCAUGCAAUAAAACCAAAAGCUUUACACCAGACGAUCUCAUCAUUAUGACUCCGAUUGUCACACAAUUUCAUUCGUUAAUUGGAGUAUCAGACAUAUCAAAACACGUUUCAGUUAUGCCACUGAAAUCGUCUACUUUACGUGCUUGGCAAUUGGAUUCCAUGUACAGACUUAAGAUCAUUGAACAAUACACUAACGCACGCAUUACCCUUACUUCAUUGUCGAGACUUUUGGGUGAAAUCAACAACAUCGUUAUCAUUGAAGAAGUCGGAAAAGCCGUCACUGAAUCGGUAGAAGCUGCCUUAUCAGUGUUGCAAAGAAUAGAGGAAGGACGUUUGGAGGAUGCCUUAAAAUAUAGUAGAAUUGCAUUUGAGACUUCGGAAUUUGCAUUUACUCAUCAGUCAUUGUUGGCAUUGCUUUAUUUCCCUGACGAUCAAAAAUACGCUGUGUACAUACCUUUAUUUUUACCCGUUAUGAUUCCCGUGCUAAUGUCGUUAAGAGGAAUUAAAAACUGGAUUCAGUUCAAAUACAAACAUUAACUUAGGGAAAAACUGUAAUUCUAUUGUAUACAUUAAUUUUUUUAUUUAUUAUAAUAACAAACUAUUGCUUUA